GAAGUAUACUUGUCAAGUUACUGAUUAGAUUAUCUUUCAUCUAUUCUAUUCAUCUCUCUCAAUCAUUCCUUCAAUAGGUCAGAAUCUCCGCUGCACCAACCAUGUAUUAUCAGACGCCAUGAACAUAUCCACGACUCUUUUCGUUUUUAUGUGUUCCAAUCCUCUAGGUACUUCUUUGAGCUGCUCCAAUAUGGGACAAUUCCUCUUUCGUCCGCUCACAUCCUAUUACUUGACACGAUCUUGUGCAUUAGUACUCUCUUUAUGAUUGUCUUGCUGACAUACAUAGAAGAGAAAAUCUCCAUAUUUUCCUUCUCCAAGCUUUGCUUUUUCCUUCCCGUCCACAAAACCUCUAGUUUCCCCACAUCCGCUAGCUAGCUCUCAUCAUGGGCCAACUAUCCCAAAGGGAGAUUGAUAUCUUAAUCAUUAUCGAGCGUACCACGGCAUCGAUAUCGGUGAUGGGAACGCUGGCUCUGUUUGGUACAUUCAUCUUCUUUAAAUCUUUCAGAACGUUGUCAAAUACAAUCAUUUUUUACGCAUCUUUUGCAAAUCUCUUUGCAAACGUUGCUGCGCUUAUUGGAGGUUCUGCGCUAUCACAAGUUAACUCGCCGUUAUGUCAAUUUCAAGGUUUCUUGUUGGAGAUGUUCAUGCAAAGCGAUCCGUGGUGGAGUUUAGCGAUGGCCACAAAUGUCUACCUUGUCUUCUUCUACCGAUUUGAUGCCGCCCAGCUUAAGAAACUGUAUCCUUAUUAUGCAUUAAUAUGCUAUGGUCUCCCAUUUAUUCCAGCGAUGGUCUGUCUUUUUGUAAAAAAUGAUAAGAAAGGGAAGAUCUAUGGAAACGCAACACUUUGGUGUUGGAUUGACGGUCCAUGGGCACCCCUCCGUAUCUACAGCUACUACGCACCAAUUUGGAUUACCAUCCUCGCUGCACUAUGUAUCUAUGUCCGCGUUGGGAUUGAGAUCUUCCGCGCCCGCAAUCAACUCAAAGAAAUAUCCCAUCGAACCGAUCCAUCACUGCAUACAGACGCCGGAGGCAAAUCGCCACUUCCUCUUCAGGGCAGCAUAACCAACGCAUCAGAAGCCACAAACAAGGACUACGAAAGUGAGCAUGAACAACCAAUUUUUACUGGAACUCGGACCACCGAGAUCGAAGUGACACACGGCUCGUGGGAAAAUGGAACGGCUCUCAGUACAAACCCCACUCCACGAUAUCCUCGCGCUUCAGAUGUUAAUCAUCUAAGCACUCCUGUCAAAGAGCCAGAUAGCAAUUACCGUGUCACCAUUUCCGCCGUACCGAAUACACAUACGUCGAAUGGGCGAGGCGGAGCCAGGAGAAAUGCAAGUAGCUUGGAUAAGAUAAAAUGGGCCUACACGAAAGUCGCCAUGCUUUUCUGUAUCUCUAUUCUGAUAACCUGGGUUCCCGCUUCGGUAAACCGAGUCUAUGGGUUGAGAUUUCCGGACAGACCAUCAUUUAUAUUGAACAUAGGUUCUGCCAUUGUUCUUCCUCUGCAAGGAUUUUGGAAUACCGUCAUCUACUUCACCACUUCUCUAGGAAUCUGUCGCAGUGUCUGGGCCGAUCUCCGCGGUCCCUCUAAACAGCAUAGGAAAACCGAAGGAUUCCGUAUGAUGGAUCGCCCUAUGACUGGUAUUCAUCGAGGAGCAACUAAGGAGACAGAAAGUAUGGUGGAAUUAAGCACUAGUCGAUCGCAAACGAAUCGAAGUUUAAGGAGCGCCGAAGUUGAUAGUAUAUGAGCCAAAAGGGGGAGGAGGACUUGAUGAUAUCUGAUUGUAUUACAGUGCUAUGUACAUUUAUGUGUAAACAUUUAAUCGGUGGGAUGGAGCGAUGAUAGGAUUUAUGAGGAAAACUGGAAAAGGAGUUGGAUAUAGUAAUAUUUUAUGCGGUUCGCUCAGAAAGCUAUGAGGACUUUCCGGAAAGGAUAUGGAGAAAUCAACAGGAUACCUAUGAAAAGCUGGCCACGGAAAGGAAAAGCUCUAUUUGUCUAUGCAAAUUUCAAUUCUUGUGUUGUAUAUCUCAUUUUGUACAGCAUCACAAACAACAUCAAAGAAAUCAAACAACCCCGCA